CGGAUGACCCACCACCUAGCAUGGGGACUUUGAUGGUGUUAUUUACAGUGGUAGCAGCGACGUUGUCGACGGCGCAGGAACAGGAAGGUUAUCAAGGUCUCUUCAGCAACGUUGUGUCUGGCCUGCGCGACCUUCCAAUCAUCGGCAACGUUCUCAGAGCUUCUGUGGAUCCCCUGUACAGGCCACUCGUCAGCCAGUUCCAACCCAGGAGCAACAGCAAGGAGGGAGAGAGCGAAUUCGGCGAGAUGUGCUUUGGGGAACUGGGUUGCAUUAUUUCUGACGAUGACUUCUUCCAUCCCAUCUACCGCCCGCUCAAUCUUCCUCCAAACAGUCGAGAGGAGAUCCAUGUGAUCUUCACCGUUCACUCUAGAGAGGACAAUCUGGGCACCUCGGUGGAGGGUAUCAACGUCACACAAAUCCUUAACACGACGUUUAGCUCCGACAGAAAAACUAAGAUAUUGAUCCACGGGUUCUUAGAUCACUCAGGGGUAACUUGGAUGUGGGACAUGGUUCGGUCCCUUUUGCUAUACGACGAUUUCAACGUGGUGACGGUGGACUGGUCUGGCGGGUCUCAGGCCCUAUACUCUCAGGCCACAGCCAACACUAGAGUGGUGGGGCUCGAGGUCGCCCACUUAAUUAACUGGCUCAAAGACAACGUUGGUCUUGACCCAACUGAUGUCCACAUAAUAGGUCAUUCACUUGGCUCUCACACUGCAGGGUAUGCUGGAGAGAGAGUGUCCAAGCUGGGAAGGAUCACCGGGUUAGACCCAGCUGAACCAUUCUUCCAGUACAUGCCACCCAGCGUCCGUCUGGACCCAUCCGACGCUCUCUUUGUGGACGUUAUCCACACUGACGCAGACUCCAUCUUCAACCUGGGUGUUGGCUACGGGAUGAAGCAGCCGGUGGGUCACCUCGACUUUUACCCCAACGAUGGCAGGAAUCAGCCAGGCUGUGACUCCCUCACUCGCGUCCCCCUCACAGCUCUCACUGACGGCCUCAAUCUUUACGAAGGUCUAGACGCGGCACAGAAGGAACUCAUCGCUUGUAACCACAACAGAGCUUCCAAACUCUUCACUGACUCUACCCAGCCCUGUCCUUUUCCUUCCGUGCCAGUUUACCAACACUAA